GCGUAAAGCACCUUCUUACCUCCACGAAGCCCGCACCUUUAAACUCUAAACUAUGCGGAAAACAAGUUGAAACGAGUUGUUCGCAUUAGCAACUUCCUACUGCUCUUCAUACACACCCUUGAAUCAACGUUUAUGGCCAGUAGAGCUGAGGCCGUCCAUUCAUUUGUAACGCAGCCGGCAUCAGAUUUUUUCAGUUGUUAUUUUUAAAAUUACGAUUACUGGAAAAGAUGCGGCGAAGGUUGUAGUCUUCCUUCCUCUGCCGAUUCGGAUUAUAAAAAAAUCUCGGGAUGAUCUGAUAAAGAAGCAGAAUAGGAGCUGCAAGCAAUACAGGUGCCCUCGAGGAAGCUGCGCUGGAACACGCCUGUCUGCUCGGCGCAUUUUUUUUUUCAAGUCUGUGGACUUUUUUUUUUUUUGGUUCCCUUUUUGGUGAUUUCGGUUCGGAUUCUUCAGUAUGACUUUAGUGAAUGAGAGAGCGAGUCGGGCUUUAAAGGAGAUUCUCCAGAAACCCGGGAACAACGAGUGCGCCGACUGCGGGGCUCCAGAUCCAGAAUGGGCUUCUUCAACUUUGGGAAUUUUCAUCUGUCAUACCUGUUCAGGCAUCCAUAGGAAUAUAUCAGAAGUCAGUAAAGUAAAAUCUCUGACCCUCGCCCGCUGGGAAGACGGAGAAGUUCAGUUUAUGUCUGAAAAUGGAAAUCUUAGAGCCCGUGCCAAAUAUGAAGCUGAAGUUCCGAUUUAUUAUUACAAGCCUUCACACAAAGAUUGUCAGAUUUUAAAAGAGCAGUGGAUCCGUGCAAAAUAUGAAAGGAAUGAGUUCACCGAGCCUGAAAAGGAGCUGCCUUAUGAACAGAGUGUCCGAGAAGGCUUUCUCUGGAAGCGAGGCCGAGACAAUGGACAGUUUUUCAGCAGGCGGUUUGUCCUCUCGGAUCGAGAUGGCACGCUGAAAUAUUUUGCCAAAAAUGAUCCGAAGAUCACUAUUAAAGUGGAUACACUUAAUGCCACCUUCCAGCCAGCAAAGAUUGGCAAUCCCAAUGGGCUGCAGCUUACUUUUUUGAAGGACUUCAGGACACGAAACAUCUUCAUAUACCACGAGAGUAGCAAGGAGAUCGUGGAUUGGUUCAAUGCCAUUCGGGCCGUACAGCUCCACUACCUUCAGGUGGCUUUUCCAGGAAGCAGCAAUGUGGAUUUGAUACCAAAACUGACAAGAAACUUCCUGAAAGAAGGCUACAUGGAAAAGACAGGCCCAAGGCAAACUGAAGGCUUCAAGAAAAGGUGGUUCACUUUGGAUCACAGACGUCUGAUGUACUUCAAGGACCCACUUGAUGCUUUUGCCAAGGGUGAAGUGUUUAUCGGCCAUAAGGACCUUGGUUACAGUGUGAAGGCAGGCCUACCUCAGGGGACUCAUGCCAACCAUGUCUGGCACUAUGGCAUCACAAUAACCACCCCAGACAGAAGCUUCCUUUUCACAUGUGAGUCAGAAAGCGAACAGAAGGACUGGAUCACCAACUUCAACCGAGUCAUUCAACAGCCGAUGUCUCCGCAGGAAUAUGCCAUGGAAGCCCUCUUCAAACACAAACCCUGAGGACAAAGAAAUAAAAAAAAAUAAAUAAAAGCAUCAGCCGUUCCAGGAAAUGAAACUUGAUCUCUCCCAGAAAUAAUGAGCUUAUUAACCGUUCUGUGGAGGUGCUCUGUUUCUUAUUUUUAUUUUUGUCCCUUCUAUAUGAAUGCCUACUUCCCCUGUGCCACUUCAUUGUCUGUGUCCCCUGUUCUUCAUUUUCAUUCUUUCGAUUGUAGUUUACCCUUGAAUGAUAAAGCUUUCUGCAAGUGUCCAUCUCUGCUCAUCUCUUCCAAUAGUUUGCUCUUUCAUUAUAUCGUCUUCUGUCUAUGACAAUCCCAUAGCGUGCCCCACAUCUUGUUACCUUGAACUUCAGUUUAUUCUUCCUUUAGAUAAAGUCUGUGUAUUUAUUCAGCUGUUUCACUCAUCCAUCCUACCCCCAACUUUCAAAUGCAGUUAUGGCGUUGUGGGGCUUGGGGUCUAUCCUGAUAGCAUCAGAGUUAGCCUUUCAUAGCUCUUUACGUAGUGAGUAGUACAACAAGGUGCUUCAUGACGUGAGAGAGAUGAGCGCAUACAACUGGAUGGCGUGACAUGAGAUUUUUUUUUUCCAUGGAUCUUUUUAAUAAUAUUUGCUGUUAUCCAAUGUUGCUCACCAUAGAUCCCUGUUAUAUCAGAAAAUGUCAUUUGAUCUUGAUUUAUUAUGCUUUUUAUAAUCCCAUAGGGCAGGGUGUCCAGCUCCGGUCCUGGUAGGCCACAACAGCUGCAGGUUUUCAUUCUAACCCUUUUCCUAAUCAGCAAGUAGUUUUCACUGCUAAUUAACCCCUUUUCCCUUCAUUUUAGUAGCCCUGUUUUUAAGGAUUCAGUCCUCUGAAUUGAUUUGUUCUUUUAUUAAAUGACAGCCAAACAGAAAUGAGACGUGAAACGAGCCAACAGAUGACCAGCUAAACUGGAACUUCAAACUCCAGUCAAUUUCACUCUAAACUGUUUCUUAAUGAGAAGCCAAUUCUUGCUGCUAAUUAAAGCUGUUAUUGAAUAUCAGGACUUGUUGCUGCUCUCAUUCUGCCACAGCAGACUGUUGAGUUUCUUUUUUUUUUUAAGACCACCGUCAAGAUGUUUUGGUGACUUGAGCGACCCAACAUGACCAAGACCUUCACCUUUCUUUAUUUUCAGGUGAGCUGGUCUUGUUUUGUGUCUCAUUAUUGUUUAGCUGCUCAUUGAGGAAAAAGAAAGAACUAAGGGGUCGGAGUCACGUCAAUUAAAACGAAGGCAAAACAAGUUAAUCAGCAGCCAAAACAGCUCACUAAUUUAGAAGAUUGUUAGAAUGAAAACUUGCAGCCACUGCGGCCCACCAGGACCGGAGUCUGACAUCCCUGCUGUAAUGGAAAUUGUCUUUUCGCAUAACCUUUGGGGGUCAGAGGGAAAGGCUGGCCAUUGUAAUUCUGCAUGAAAACAUGAGAUGAUUCCAAAUUUUCCUUUCCUAUCACCACAAACUACACGGGUGAGUAGUAUAUUACAGCAUACUAUUUUUCGGUGGAGUGUUCCUUGAAACUUGAAUUGUACAACAUAAAAUCUGAUAUACAAGUGAAGCUGUCUAUGCCAAAUACCCCCGGCUGCCAUUUUUCACCCCCUUCUUCAGUUUCGUUCUGAGAAUAUGUCACCAACACUUUGCACACCAACACAUAUGCUGCUGUUUUAUGUCAUAUUACAAAGUGCGCCCCUCCAGGAUACGAGUUUGACAGCCUUGUGGCAGCAAGCCCAUGGGGUGGUGGGCCGCCAGUUGACUUAUGUCUCCAGGACUAUGGUGGUAUAUGAAUUUAAUUGUUGUAACUGACGGUGGACCCCCCAGAGGUUUGGUUUUUUUUUUUUCUACAGAUGCUGCGGGCUGGAGUUUUUGUUUUCCUCUCUUCUUGUCAACUGGCCAACAAUUAUAUUCAUGGACGGAUAUUAUUAGCUUCCAAUUACGUUAACUAGUUUGGCUUUCUUUAACUGUGUGUUUAAACAAAUCUGUACGUUUAUGCGUAUGCAUUAUAUAAUGUCUCACAUGUGUACACCAAAAUAAACUGAAUUAAACUGAAA